GUCACGCGGCGUCAGCGGAGUGUCAGCUGACCGGAAGUGCUGCCGCCGCGCGCUGGAGUGUCAGUGGCCGUCCUGCUGAACGCUGAGGGGGAGAAAUGGCUGACACCAUAGCUGACACACGAAGGCUAUUCACCAAGCCCCAGAACCUCAACGACGCGUAUGGACCUCCGAGUAACUUUCUAGAGAUUGACGUGAGCAACCCUGAGACGAUGGGGGUGGGCAGGGGCAGGUUCACCACCUAUGAGAUCAGGCUGAAGACCAACCUGCCCAUCUUCAAGCUGAAGGAGUCUCGCGUGCGCCGACGUUAUAGUGACUUCGAGUGGCUCCGAGCAGAGCUGGAGAGGGAGAGCAAGGUGGUGGUGCCCCCGCUGCCGGGGAAGGCCCUGGCCCGACAGCUGCCGUUCCGGGGGGACGACGGGAUAUUUGAUGACUCUUUCAUCGAGGAGAGGAGACAGGGUCUGGAGCAAUUCCUCAACAAAGUGGCCGGUCAUCCCCUGGCCCAGAACGAACGUUGCCUGCACAUGUUUCUACAGGAUGAAUCUGUGGACAAGAACUACACCCCGUCCAAGAUCCGACCCGCCUAGGAGAGCCACGCCAUGCCUGGAAGUGGCCCCGGGCGUGCCCGACAACCCCAAACCAAACGCUCUCGCCCCAGACCACACCUCCUGGACCACAAACAUUUCAACCCCCCCCCCCCCCCCCCACCCCUCCUCUGUCACUUCCUCCCUGUUCGACUCUUAGACAUCCCAAACCUUGUGCUCGUCUGUCCCACUUUGUAACCCCAAUCGUUCGUAAAAAAAGAUGUCUGACAAAUUAUGCCUGCUAGGUGAAAAUGAGAAAACAGUUGUUGAUGUUGUUGUUGUUUCUCCCGCUGAAAUCUAUUUAUCAGUACGGUGCGUCCUUCAUUGUUUUAAUUUUCGUUUCCAUGGCGACAACACAAAGGUCAUCAUCUCUUAUUACAGAAGGUCACACACACUAUUUUGAUGGGUCGCGCACCACAGCCACGCAUUACCAGGCGUGGCUCAGUUACUGAACUAUUAGUGUCUAAACCAGCACCUUCCUUGUUUCAUGUAGUGGUUUUCUAGCGAGUGAAGAGUAAUAUACUUGGGGGGUAGGAGUGGGACCUGCAGUAUUUCUACAGGCUAUAUGCAUUUUGAGAUUUGUAUACUGCUGUGCCAUUUUCUUUAUUUUGAAAGUUUUUAAAUAAACCGGUCAAAUCCACUGAUGCACAAGCACAA